AUGGCAUUCACGACGUUAGCCUGGGUCGCCCUGCUGCCGGCUCUGGCCCUAGGCAGCAUCGACAGACAAAGAAUAGUCUCCCAAUUCAAUGUCGUCCGAACCAGCCUAAUUGACAACGAGACUACACCAUUGCAGGUCGGCAAUGGUAACUUUGCUUUCAACGUCGACAACACGGGCAUGCAGACGUUUCUGCCCUUCAACACUUUAUCGAGCUGGGCAUGGCAUAACGACUCGUUGCCAACCAAUGGGGAGAAGCUGAGCGACUACACCGGCGUGCCCCGACUAACACACGGACGAAACGUCUCAUACGACAUCCCCGACCCCAAUCUUCCCGCAGUAUCUCAAUGGCUCAUAGGCAACCCGAAUCGAAUCAACCUGGGGCGCAUUGGUCUGAAGUACAAAGGCGCUACUCUUUCGCCGGACAAAAUCGCUGAGCCGAGGCAGCAGCUAGAGCUGUGGAGUGGAACCAUUACGUCUACAUUCAGAGUCGGCGGCGAGGCAGUGAAAGUGAUCACACAAGGCGACUUCGACACCGAUGCCGUGACAUUCCAGAUCGAUUCUAGUCUUAUGGCCUCGGGAGACCUCAAGGUCGAGCUUGAUUUCCCCUACCCGCCGAUUCACUCAACCAAGUACAAAUACGAAGUUUUCGCCGGUGUCUACGACUUCCCGCUGAACCACACGACUCGCAUCGUGAACAGCUGUGGAAGGCCCGACUUGGCACACAUCUACCACGAGCUGCAAGAGACCAGCUACUACGUCAAUCUGCGCUGGCCCACCAAUUCCUCCCUCCACUUGUCGAGAGACGAGCCGGAAGGUUCUGAAAAGAUUACUGCUCAUCGAUACACCUUGGCGUCCAACAGCUCGGCGAACUCCGUUCUCUUUACGGCGCAUUUUUCACCAGACCGUCAAGAUCCCGAGAUUCCGUCAAUAGUGCAGGAACGAAAUCGGGCUGGUUGGCACGAAUACUGGAGCGAGGGCGGCUUUGUUGACCUCACUCUUUCGUCGAACCCUAAUGCUACAGAGUUGCAAAGACGCAUCAUCUUGUCACAGUAUCACGUCCGCGUCAACAGUGCAGCUUCGGGACAGUCGCCCCAGGAGAGUGGGCUGAUGAAUAAUGGGUGGUAUGGAAAGUUUCAUAUGGAAAUGGUUGUAUGGCACAACGCGCAUUGGGUGACAUGGGGUCGGAAGAAGUACUUCGACAACAUCUUUCCUCAGCUCUAUGAGACGCUUUUGCCUUCUUCUUUUGCAAGGGCUAAAGCUAUGGGGUGGGAAGGAGCCAGGUGGCCGAAGAUGACGGAGCUCGAGACUGGCGUUAGCUCUCCAGGUGGGAUUAAUGGCUUGCUACUUUGGCAGCAACCCCAUACCAUGUAUUUGGCAGAGUUAGCAUACCAGUCCUCGCCAACCGACGAAACGCUCAAGCGAUGGGACGAGGUAAUCACGGCUGCCGCUGACUACAUGGCGUCAUACGCAUGGUUCAACGAGACCUCAGGCCAUUACGAUCUCGGCCCACCCUCAUACGGCGUAACGGAGAAUACACCUCCCUCAGAAACUUUGAACCUGGCUUACGAGAUCGCCUACUGGAGAUACGGCCUAGACACCGCCCGGGAAUGGAAGAAAAGACUCGGUCAACCCGUCCCAGACAAAUGGACCACCGUCGCGGAGAAACUCGCCCCUCCCCCUCAGAUCGACGGACUCUACGCUGUCUAUGAAGGCCUGAACAGUUCUUGGUGGGAGGACCCAGCUCUCAACGGCGACCCGCGCAGCCUCAUCAUGAUACAGGGCGUAUUGCCAGACACGCCUGCUGUGGACCCCGAGGUGGCUCUGAGAACGGCAGAUAAGGUCUGGGAAGUCUGGACGGACCAGAAGAUUCGCGGAUGGGGACGGCCCGUGCUGGCGAUCAACUCUGCGCGGAUUGGUAACCCAGAACGGGCUAUUUAUCAUUUGACGGCGUACAGCUAUUGGACGUUUGAUGAUGCUGGGUUUGCUGUACGCGGAGGAGACGGCGGUACCCCUCCGCCCUUUAUGCCAGGCAAUGCUGGCUUUCUGUACGCUGUCGCAUACAUGGUUGCUGGAUGGCAAGGUUCAGAAAGUGAUGCGCCCGGCUUCCCCAAAGACGGCGGGUGGAUCGUGAAGCAUGAAGGGCUUCAGAAGGCGCCUUGA